AGACGUCAGCCAUCCGGCCUCGGAGGAACACGUGCGCAGCUCGGAGGACACUGCGGAGAGGACUGAGAGGACUGAGAGGUCCCCGCAGCAGCGUGAGACAUGGAGCGGCUCGGAACGGUCUGCCGGAUGGCGGCGGUGUUACUCCUGGCGGCGGCAGCGGCGGCGGAGAGCAGCGUGCACACCUUGGCCCCGAUGCUGGACAUUGAACCGCUGGACGUCGUCCACGACUCCGGGGCGCUGCUGAACCGGUCUCGUCGCACCACGGUCCUGGAGGACCUCAGUCUGGCCGUACCCAGGGGCGCCAUCCUGUCGCUGGCGCCCCGCUUCGGCUGGCUGCUCUACCAGGGAGAGGAUGAGGAGGAAGAGCUGGAUCUGGUGUUUGAGUCAGAGUUCCUCUACCGCUUCCCGGAGGAGGAGGAGGAAGAGGAGCACCACGAUCGCCGUCAGCUGGGCUACCACCACUCCCCCUACGACGCCCUCAACAGGGAGGUGGCCGGAGAGACGGACUUUGUGUUGCACAGCCACCGCAGCAAGCGCAUGGUCCACCACCGCAACAAGAGGAUGGUGCGCGACAAGAAGAUGAUCUACAAGGGACUCGAGAACGUCUUCUCCAUUAUGGGUCUGGACGGCCGAUCCUGCCUCCUGCGCGCCAUCUGUGAGGUCACUGCCACACCUCUAGUUUACGACGGAGUCGUCGGAGAACUGCUUAACAUGGCGCUAGUACCGCGUCACACAAACGGCCACCACGACGACCUGAAGGUUUACCUGGAGGCCGAGGAGCACGGCCUGCUGGGCAACGACUGCAGCGUGACCUACAGCGCCUGCCCCGUGUCCCUGUUCACCUUGGUGGCACCCGGAUCCGUUCAGUUCGACAGCUAGGUAGUUAGGAGCUCGGUGCAAUGUGAGGGCUGUCGAUAUGUUCAUAUUCGACAGGUGAUGUCGAGAUGUUCAUAUACGACAGAUGAUGUCGGGGUGUUCAAUACUCGACAGGUGAUGUCGGGAUGGUCAAACUCGACAUCUAACUAGCUCAACAGGCAUAGGGGCGACUCGAUAGUUUAUGUCGGAUUUGCUUCAUUCGAAUCUAAUGUCGGGAUGGGGUACAGGAUUACGUUCAUAUUAGGGCACUGAGCGUAAUGCGUAUGACGCAUUAUUGCUCAGUGAAUAAUCCUGACAGAAUCACAGGUCAAUCCACAAGGUAGAUUGAACUGCGUGGGAUUUUAGUUGAAGGGUUGGGGUGCGCGCGGUAGACAUGUUUUAGUAACUUCUUGAUACAAAUCUGUUGAAUUGUUAUAAGAUGCGUAAAACUAACGCCACUGUUGUGUGUUUCGAUGUUGGUUGUUGUUUUCACGCGUUGUUAUUCAGUUUUUAAGCUGACCAGCCGUUGUUCGCUUGUUAUAAAUGCAGUACGCAAACUUGUUAUUUGUUGACUGUUUUGUUGUUACGUAGAUGUUCAAAUAACGGUUGACGCUCCCUUUUGAAACGAUGUCAUAUUGAAUGACACUGCUUAUCAUGCAGUACAAAGAAUAUAUUAGUCCUAGACGCAAAUAAAAAAUGCAACUUGA